GGACUUUAAGUCGCCUUUAAUCGAGUUCUCAGGCCGUGUAAGUCGGAAGGAGAAUGCCGCGGCACGUAACACGCAGAUCGCCCGACGAUCUCGCCGAAGGAACGCCGCUGCGAGGUAGAAGAGGAGCGCGCGUCCGUUGCCUGCUUUAUAUGCAAACUGCGAGGACGCCGACGUCGUCGAUACCCCAGGUUUUAAGGCGUUAAGUAAUUGCGCGGAGUAAUCCCGGAUAUGAGUUAUCGUUAUCAGCUAGAUCGCCUCGAUCCUCCCGAACGUGAUCGCAGAUCUUUCAAGGGGGAGCGCGUCGAUCAUACUCGGCGGGAAAUACUCGAUUCGGUCGGUCCUCGUUAGGUGAAUUCAGCCCUUAUAUAGGCACGCUUGUUGUGCUGUAUAAGAAAGGUUUGAAUUGACAUUUUUCUUGCAUGUUUGAAAAUGUUUAUUGUAAAAUUUAUUUAUUGUUACUCGUCAUUUUAUCUCUUUUCUAUUUUACUAUUCAUUAUUCAAACGUUAUUCAUUCUUGUUACGAGCAUAAUCGUUUCGUCUCGUAAAAAAUUAUUAUAUAAUAGUAAUGAAGGCUCAAAUCGCAUUACAGCGAACUCAAAGUCGAAUGGCAAAAUAAAGCUCAUUAUCCAUGUGCGUUUUUUCGCUCGAGAGUUAAAAGGGUAUGGGUAUUCCUGCGGGAUAAACGAAAUCGUACGAAACUCCUCGAGUUCGGACGCGACCGCUGAUGAAAAAGGCGGAUAUUAAAGAGCACCGGGGCUCCACGGUCAGCUUGAAAAACGACCCUCACUGCAGUAGUUAAUUCCAAAAAGGUCCCGUUCGUGUCAUCAGCUAUCCACGGUGCGCCCCGCGGGAUAACCUUCCGGUAAUCGCGGCGUUUUGUCACUUUUACGUUGAGGCACGAGGACGAGGAGGAGGAGCGGCCGGCUCAAAAGAGCUCAUAUAGAGAGGAAAAGAUCGCGGUAGUCGUCGAGGGGUAGUAGGCGUUUACCACCCUGAGUGUGGCACCGGGACGCAUAAACGAGCACGCCGAAAAAGCGACUCGCUCGUGACCUCAUCCCUUUUCACGACAGGUGGUAAUCGUUCACGCGGAGACACGCAAGGGGUUGAAAUUACUGAAUCAAAUUAUGUGAGAGAAAAAGGGCGAAGAGAGGAAAGCCUUCGUGGAUUAGAUUAUUUUGGAUUAAUGGUCGAUCGUUUGUAACGUUUGUACUUGGUAUUAGUCUCUCUUGUUUGAUAGUCGUCUGCCUUCCUUCGAUGUUCGGAGGGUUCGAUGAAUGCCGGGAUUGUUAUCAGAGUUUCGUUUAUUCGGUAGGAAGGACGAGUCUUCCGAUUCGAGAGCUAGGUGUUGAAUGAGUCGUGACACUUUAUUCGUUAUUUUUGAGUUGAGUGGAUUCCGCUGUAACUUCUUGUCGCUAGUAACGAUUCGAGAAUGACGAUUUCAUUUGAAGCGUUAUAGGGAUUGUUAUAUUGUUAUAGGUAUAUUUAUGUUUUUCGAUAAACAUUAAUUUUUAAUAUAUAAUAAUACAAUAAUCAUAAAAUAUAAAAUAUAGUAUAUAUUUAAAUAUUCUCUUCUGGUUCUAAAGAAUCAAGGCAGACAAACGAAGACAGCUCAAACGUAAACCGGAAUUUGUUUACAGUGCAUUCUCGUUAAACCUCACUUUAAAUGCAAACUACUUACCCUCAAGCUUGCGUUGACUGCAGAAAUUUGCAUUGGCGCCGGCAGUUUCGUAGAUACGUCCAAGAUUUGACGAUUUCUCGGUGCGUCACGUUUCAAAGCAAGAGAGCCCGUCAGCCCGUUGCGAUCAUUACUGACAUUUGACACGAGACACUUUCACGCACCUAGCGUAUAUCGGCGGUGUGUAUUUUAGAGUCGCGUGCCCGGAAACAUUGUCGCAGAUCAGUCAGGCGCGAUAUGAAUCACGGCUGAGCACGUUCACUAUCGUGAAAUUAAUUUUCUGAGUCCGCCAGGCACGCUUGAAUGUUUCUGGAUAAGUUUCGCGCAAGACAUCGUUAUUUUACAUAGAAAAUCGCCAAUUAAAUAAUUUUUAUGGAAAGUUUAUCUUUCGUUUAAUAUAACCUUUACAAAUUAUUUCGAAAGUGGAAACGGUAACAUGUGUAGAGACAGACGGAGAAAGGAGAGAGAGAGGGGGGGGGAAUGGACAGUUUUAUCUUCGUAAGGUUUAUAUAAAUAUUAUUUUAACUUUAUUUUAACGAUAUGAAAAUAAAAUACAAAUAUUAUAUCGAAAGUUGAAACAUGUUUCAAUUUACAUUUUCAGUUCUAUGGGUGGAUAUAAAUAGUCACGACGAUAUUGCAGUGUUCAAUCUUUUCUGUCUCACUUUACUAUAGAUGUUAUUUACCUUUUUCCUUUUUCUAUUUUUUUUCAAUAGUAUAAUUGAAAAAAUAUAAAAUAAACAAAUUUAUUUAAACAAAAACCAAUAAAAUUACUUUAUUAAACUUUUAAUUAUACUAAAAUGUAUGCAGUGCGUGUGUGCGUAAUCGCCACGUAUAACCACGCACUACACAUCCCAUUAACAUUAAAGACGACGUACAUUGUAAAUACGUCGCGCUUCCAUUUCAAGAACACUUCUUCCGCUUCAUUAUUUCCGCUUACGAGAUACGCAUCUCGUAAUUAGCAUCUAUCGUGAACCAGAAACACGGCGCAGUUGAGUCCGCACGCGGAACGCCUCGCGUAUAAUUGUACAAUAAAAAUAUAGAUACGCGGUCGAUUCCCAGGUGCGGGGUGGUCCGGUAUCGAGUGAUAUUUAUCUCGAUUUUCGUACCCUAUAUUUCUUACUUACGUGAUAAGCUACGGUCGCUUUUCGUGGGUGGCGAGCAUAUUGCCCGGGACAAUCGCGAUACGACAGAUGGAAGGAACGUGCCGCCUAGAGCCCGGGGGCUAUUCAAUUACGGGCUAACCGACGGCUUUGCUUCCUUUACGGACGAGAAUUACGGCGAGAAGCGGUACGGUUCUCUCGCGCCGUGUGUCGGGCCUCGUCUCGCCAGCUCUCGUGUUCGAAAUACCGGUGUUUCGCGCACGUAGCGCGACAAACCUGUUCGGGACGAAAGCAAACGUGCCAGAAAUAUUUUCCAGCCGUCACGUUCCCCCCCCCCCUUCCUCCGUUAUCCUUUAUCAGCGCUUCUGGAAAGAAAGAUCUGAUCGGCGCGCCCGUAUUGUGGAGUCCAUGUCACGAGAUACGCGAUCUCAGUGUUCGUUUUUCUAGAAAGCUCGCUUGUGGCGGCGCAAGGCGAGCUCGGGAAUCGACGCGGAUUACGUAAAAAGUAACAUCGUUGCGAGGAAAGCAGGGACGUUUAUACAUCACGCGUAGAAUCACGUGACGGUUUUCAUUUAUCUCGCAGCGUUGAAUUUCCAGAAUUUUCCUCUUCGCGGCUUCCGAUCGAUAAUUCAUUACGAAAUUGCGUGGACGGCAAAGGAAAAUACCGUAAGCGGAUAUCUCGCGGGCAGACUCGCGUGCGGAAACGCGACGCGAAAAUUGCAGCUUUAACGACGACGACGACGACGGUGAUGAGAAUAAUGACUCGUACGUAAAUCUCCCCGUAAAAAGGACGAAGCAGAUCCCACGUAAAUACCAUGGGGAUCUGUUAAAACUCGUCGCGUAGUCGGUUGGAAUUUAUUUCGACUUUCGCAUGCCGUGUCUUGCGCACAAAUGCAGCGAGCGUUGCGACGUCGGGUUCGAGCCGCACGCGACAUAUCCGGCUUUCAGUAAUUUCAGAUUUGAUGUACUUGCGAAUUUGCGGGUAUUCGCAAACGAGCGGAAACUCCUGCGUGACCGUUUCUUUCUUUCUUUCUUUUUCUCUUUCUCUUUACGCGAAUUUACACGGCCGCUUUUUUUUUCUCCCGGGAAGUAAAAGAGUAGUCUCGGUAAAAGUUUUCGACGAUUUCGUUAAUUACCGGACUGCGCGCCCUUUGCGAGCCAUAAAUCGCCGGACGAGUCGACAGCGGUACUUACGCGUUGGUUUAAGGGACUUACGCGAGGACGAACGCGUACUGUGUAAUUCGCCAAAUGCGGUUAGCCCAAUCUGCGAAAGUAUCUAAUAUUUUUUGCCUUAGAGUGCGUAAUUAUUCCAGUACUUUUUAAUUGGAUGCUACUUUCGAGACGUAGCUGAGAUACGAAAAAACUUUUUUCACAGAGGAAACUCUCGAAAAAGGUACCCUAAAAUUCGAACGGAUUCGCACAAAUCCGUUUUUAUUAAAUUUGAUUCUCCUAUUCAAGACCUUUCCAACGGGUACCCCACAUUUGGGUGAAAGACCUGGACAACUGAAUUGUAUAUAUUAUGCACCUAAAGCAAAAAAUAGAAAAAAUAACUUGCGUACGCCUAAUACAUCGCAAGCAAAAUCAAUGUCUUGUUGACCACAAGAAUUUCGCGAACGUGUGAAUGGUAGCUUCGGACGCAAUUCGCAUUUGCUCGGUGCGAACUGGUGAAUUACAUUACGCGCUCGCGAAACGUGUCGGCGGGGCAUUAAUCAUUCUAUUAAAGUAAUAUCGUAAUAGCUGGCUUUGAUGUCACGGCGUGUGUAAUAUGAUCCGUGCGCGAUUACUGUCUUGAAUGCGAGUUCGCGCAUCGGGGAAAUGACCGAGUUCACUCCCUAUUAAUUACCCGGCACGAUGCCCGCUGCCGGUGGACGAAGCGAAGAACGAAGAGGAGCGGGCAAGAGUAGCGGUGCCAGUCCCACGUAUAAAUUACCGCAAGGGUGCGGGCUUCCUAGAGAACGUCGCCGUUCCGCUCGCGACGUUCCCGAAUUAGAGUCCCGCUUUUGCUUGCUCGUCGCUCGGAAAAGCCUCCUCGUCGCCGCGCGUUUCGGUGGAAACUCGGAGAAAACGUCUGAUCCUCCUGCGGGAAGUUAAAGUAUUUGUCGAGAGCUUCUAUCAGCGACGAACACUGUGUAGAUCGGUCUCUUUAUAAUUUUCUUCUGCGUUCUGUGUUAUUAUUUAAUUAAUUUGCGUUGGAAUUAAUCUGGAAAGUUUUAUUAAUUUCUGAUAAUUACUUUAAAUUUAAAUAUUUUUUUUUGUUCGUUUUGAUGAAAGUAUUGCGUUAUGUCAAGUGCCACAUGAAACGUGAUUAAUUCAAUUGUUAUUUUCGUAAGAAGAAUUGUAUGCCUACUAAACAUUCGCUAAAAUAGGGAGAAUUACGUUGAGAAACAGGGAGAGGUGGCGAUCGGUUGAAAUAAUAGAGACCAUCACGAUAAGUGCUGAAGCAGUCGGCGAGCAUUUAGAUUCGUCAUCGCUGCAAUUGCGACUAUAGCAGGUCCAUCUCAUUCUUUUUUUUCUCUCUAUCCUCUCACCCGAUUAAUUUAAUUACGUGUUUAACGCGUGAUCUCGUAAGGAAACUAGCAAUCCCAUGAACGCAGUGCACGCGCGUAUGCAUUGUUCAUUAUUUAUAUAACGUCAAUAAGAAGGAGCAAGGCUCUUCAUCGUACGACGAUCUUUGCACGUCGAGAGGCCGGCCGAUCGCGGUAGAACGAUAAAAGUGGUAUCAUUAUCGGACCCCCGCGUAUUCCUGCGACCUUGCAUCUCGUGCUCGCACAUACUGGGGCAUGAGAGUGCAUUAUGCGCGAAGCAAAUCCUUGGGAAUCGCGUCUGGAAAGGAACGACGACGACAGCGGCGGCGGCUGUGCUCUCGGUUGAGUUGUUAGUCCGACCUCCUUCGGCAUUAUUCCAUUCUCGCCCUCCCGACCUCUCGCGGCUCCGCCGCACCCCUCGGGAACCGCGAUCAGAGAUGUUGCCGAGGUAGCGCUCGCCGUGAGGCUGCACGCGCGGCGGGAUCUGAGCAUCCGUUGCUCCCUUUCAGCUCGCAAGGUGAUCGGAUUCGUGCGAUCAUCGUGUGAAACUUUGCGCGAGACAUUGUCGGCAGACAAAGGGUGUUUACGAUAACGGAAUCGCGCCACGUGUAAUUAAACGUGAAUUACGCCGAGGAGUUGAUGCGUCAUCGGUGACAAUAGGCGCGCUGCGCUCCCAUUGAAACGCGGGUAACACUUUUAAUCUCCGUCCGUGUGACGUAACGUUGCAGCGUGGAUGGAGCACGGAUGGUCGCGUUAUGAGGCGCAACGCAAUCGCAAUCGUUGAGUCAUAUUGCGUCUGAUUUUUUAUCAUGUGCAGGGAGAAGGUUGAUGCGUAAUCUGCGAAGCUCUCACAGUGCUAUUUUAAUGUAUUUUUAUUAUUGAAUCGUAGUAAAAAAAUCUUUAUAUUUUAAUAUUCUCUCUCUCUUAUAUUCUAUAUUUUAUUAUACUUCGCAUUCCGUAUUCCUGAACAUUUCUAAUAUUAAUCAAAAAAGAUGUCGCGUGUGCCUCGUAGAGUUUCCGCACGCGCUCGCUCGAGAUCGCCGAGAUUUAUGGACGGGCAAAAUGCACUUUUCCCGUUCUCUCCGGAGCUACGACAAAUUUCUCUCGAACGGCGGGGCGCGUCGACCAUUGAUCGAACGCGGCUUUUAACGUACGCCCUGUACAUACCUACAUACAUACAUAUACACCCUUGGUAAAGAGCGACCGAUAAAUGGCCGUGUUCUCCGGGCGCUGCCGGCUCGAUCCACAUGCACUUGCAUCGAACGCAUAAUAAUCAGUCAACGACCGCGCUAAGCUGAACGCCGCACUUGCGCGCGCGUGCACGUUGCUACUUUUACGUCAGGGUCGACGCAGCAACGUGCCGUAACGUUGGGCUAGGUGAGUAAUAUCACCUCUCUCUCUGUGUGCCAGCUAUUUACCAGCUCUAUUCUUACACACAUCAGCAUACCCGACGAGAAUAGACGUCCCAUGGCGCGCGCGCGAGCUGGCUAUAGCUCGCGAUACAGCGAAGGAGGGACGAGAUGCGUCGUUAGGGGUUUACAGGCACUUUGUUUCCAUCUCGAGUAUCGAAUGGCACGAGAAUUGUGCCUCGCCGCCUGUAAAAAUCAAUCAGUUUGUUUGCGCUCGGAAUGACCCGUCUGCGCAGCCGAAUGCUCGAUUUUAUGCCGGAAGUUGGCCGUAAAUCGUUUCCGGUUUACGCUUCGACUGUCCCUGUUUGCUUGUUUCUAACGAUGAUUAAUACAUGGUACGUGAAAAUGGUUGACACAUGAGGCUGUGCAACUUUUUCGAUCAUCCGGUAUUUGUAAUUUCUCGCUGCAGUGUUAGACGUCGACGUUGAAGAAGAAACUGUUCGAAAAAGAGUGCAGACUCGAGGCGUGUCGUAACCGCGCUUUCAAUUCAAUCUGAUGACACAAAUGUUACAAAUAAAAGACGUUCUCUUUCUUGAUUCUAUCAGCCAUAGCCGAAUAUGAUCUACAUACAUAUUUUUAAACAAAUUACUGGUAAUGAAGUCUUAUCACGCACUUCCAUUAACCCUCGUUCUAAAAGCUCGCGGUUUUACCAUCACGCUCGAGUCAGGCGUAAUCGGUUGGUCAGUCUGCAGGAAACUCGCGCGCGAGGCCUUUAUCGCGAUUCGAUUAUCCACGACGACUAUAAUUAUCCUGUCGCAUGUCCGAUUAAUUCGUAGGCCGAGGCCCGAUUAGACGCUUUCGGUUGCGACCUUGAUUCGAAACUCGAUGAAGAAACCAACCGAUCAACCGACCAGAUCAACCAGCCAGUCAGCCGAUCGAUCAGCCUGUUUCGCGUACGUGUCGCGAUCGGCGGAGCAGCAAAACGCUAUCUUUUUCGUAAAGGAAAGAAAAAGCGGCGGUCCAAGUUGUUGCCAAGCAGCACGUAUGCGGGCAACGUUUUUGCGGUAGGUUAGUAAUUCCGCUGAGCAGUCGUUACGUAUUCGCUUCACGCUGCGAAGCCCACGCGUGCCGGCCAGCAGCGACUGGACCAACGACUGGCAGCUCUCGUGCUUUUCCACGUCGCCGUAUAUUAUCGGCACCGCUACAAUGUGGUGCCAGCGACGACGGAGAUGUAACGCGAUCUCGGGUCUCCUGGAUCGCGCCGCAGCUUCGCGACGGGAUUUAGUUCAGACGCGGUACACGUUCACGAUCAUCCGUCUCGUUAACGACGGGCUUUUGCCAACUGGCGCGCUCUCCAACUGCUCGACAUCGGCCGCAGAACGAGCUGCUGCGACUCUGUUGCGGAUGUAAUUGUGUGUUUAUUUAUAAUAUGUGUGCUACAAGUAUGCGCGCGCUGAUGCUGUUUGCUCUCGUUGCGUUCCAGUUUGUCUUGUUCUCUUUAGUUUAUUGCAUUUUGUUUCGUUUCAGGUUUUCUGAUUUUAUGCUAAUUUUUAUUUCUGUUUUCUGUAUUCUGUUUUCUUUUGCUGCGUUUCGUCCCGUUUCAUUUUGUUAAUACAAAUUAUGUAUUGAGUGAGUGUAUCUACUCUGGUUUGCGUACUUGUGACGCAACGUGUGCCUCCCAUGAAUCCCGGAAACGUGAUCUCGCCAAGAAUCUAAUAGCCCAGACAAGACUCGCUGACUAGACUUCAGUUGACCCUCUUUAAUUGACUUCCCGGCGAAAAUUGACUCCCUUUUCCUCUGCACACGAGGGUACUGCGCCUGAGUGAAACAAUACGGAAUAUUUUCACCAUGAUACCACGUCCACAAUGAAUCCGAGAGGGCAGGGAGGAGGAGAGGAGAAGGAGGUAGGUUCGCUGCGCGGUGAGAAAAUUGAAUUUGCCGAGAACAACAAUCGUGUAUCCCGACCUUUGACGCGUCGGAAUUGGAUAACUAGUCUCUCGUGCGAAGUAAUUGAUUCGUCCUAAGAGUGUCGUGACACCUCGAGUCUCCGCAAGACAGAUCGAUCAUCAUCCGCGGGUGGAGAGGGAGGACAGGGAGAUCUACUAAUCGCGUGGAUCUUCCGGGCGAGCGAUGAGCAUUGGCCUGAUGAUGACAAUCGCGAGAUGACGAUCUGCUUUCCGCGUUGGCCUAGGUCACUGAUGCCGUCGGUGCCGGCGCCACGCUUGUUCUAUUCUUGCACGCUCCUUUGUUGUACUUAGCACAUUGUCAUCGUGACACGCGACACGUGCAGCGAGCGAGCUCGGCCGGACGCGAGCGGUCGCACGCAAGUUCCCGCGGAAACGCGUGCGCAACUCUUUCGCGGUUGUGUAGAUUUGUAGAAACUGUAUAGAUAAAUUUGGAUUACGUUUAUAAAGAUUAAUAUUGAAUUCUUUUUGGUACAUUGCUUGGAAAUUAUAUCGGGUUGACCGAAAAGUCCGUGCGGACUUUUUUUUUAGUAAAAUUCAAUCUCGAAGCUUUAUUAAAAACUACAUUUGCUUAAAAAAUCUGCACUUUCUGGUCAAUUCAAUAUACACGACGUGGCGCUCUUCAAAUUCUGGCAAAACGUGGAGAAGAUUGUGCGUAGUUCCGUACAAUUACAAUUCCUCGACAAUGUAUUAAUGUAAUUUACAUGUCCACAUUCCACGUACCGCGACGUGUAAAAAGUCUCUUUGUGCGACACGUGUUGUCGCGAUCAUACAAGGAAUUCCAUAAUUUUACGAUAUAAUUAAGAGUACAGUGGUUCGUCGCGGAAUGAAUUACUCCGCGAAACAGUCGGUUUUAAUGAUUUCAAAAAGACGCAUCGUGAGAACACUCCCAUAAAUAUUCCAACUCGCAAGUGUAUCGUGAGCUGAUCCCGAGCGAGUGUAAAGACCGCUUAUUAACGCAACUAUAAAACCCGCGCGAGGAUACGAUGCUAUCGGACGUGUAAUUAAAGCAGUCACGUGUUGGCAAACGGUAUACGAUAUACGUCGACGUAAUAAAAGUUGGAACGCCUCCGACUCGGACUGCGAUAGUUUUAAUAUUAAUUAUGUUUUCAGUAGAGACGCGGAGAGCCGGAUAGUCGUUAGUUAAUCAAGGAUCCUUAAUGAGAGAUCCCUGAGCACCGAGACCGUAGAGGCGCGUUUUCAGCGGGGCGGCGAGCGGGAUCGGUAGUGCAGUAAACUCGCGCUGGUGCCGGAUAAAUAUACGGUAUUAUGUAAGUUUGCAAGAGCCAAGAAAACGAAGAGAGCCUCCGCUGCAAGCGCGCGGCCGACUUGUACGCGCGCAUUGCGCAAUAAUCGGCCGAGCGCCGCGCCCGGCGAGUGGCAUUUAAAGUAAGCGAUGGUUUUUCAUUAUUCCCGUGUGUGGCAUUAAUGGAAACAACGGGCGACGGAGAGAGGUAGUGGGAAGAUCGUCCGGGAUCGUGAGAAAAAAAUAACAUUUCGUGCGCUGGUGGAGAAAAGAUGCAGCCGCGUCUCGAGAGAUUAAAUGAAACUGUUAGAGCUAGAGAGUGAAAUUUAAAGCUGAUCGACGCUUUUAGCAAAAGCACAGAUCAUGAUGUUUCGAACGCACGCCCAUGCUUUUCUAUUCAAGUGGCAUAGUCGUUCUACGUGCGCUUCCAUCUUCCAGCACCAUGGAGACCAUGGCGUCCCAUCGUUUAGUAUUCCCUCGGAUCGCUCGACAAUGGUGAUUAAUUUUCAAUUGAAGUCGCUGCCUCCUUUUCUCGCCCCGCGAAACUGUCAGCGCGCUGACGGGCGUUUGACAGGCCGCCAAACCAUCCGACCCAUUAUCCACGCCAUCGACUACCGUUUUUCUAUCUUGUCGUUCCUUUGGUAAAUCGGAUGCCCCCCUCCGCCUCUGCCAUUUUCGCCGUAUUGUUGCCGGGAUGAAAGGGACGGUCGCGCCGCGAUCAUCGUGGGCAUACGUUCUGCUCCUUCUCUCUUUCUCUCUCGUGUUGUCGUUGUUCCCUGGCUGACACUCGCUCGUCUAGCGGGCUGUUCAGAUUUCGGAACAACCAGCGAAACGGUAACGAUCCACGAUCGGCCGCGACAGCUGUUAAUGCGCCACGAUGAAUUCGAUUUGACGACCCAGGGGGUAACGGAGCGAGCGAGCGAAAGAGAAAGAGAGAGAGAGAGAGUAUGUGAGCGAGAAAAAGAUGAACGGAGAGCAAAGCCGGUCUCCCAGGAGUAGCGCCCGGGUGGAAACUACUGCUUGAUUGCGUACGAAUGUGACGCGAUUUCAUGGGUUUCGCCGUGAAAGGAGAAAGAGAGAGAGAGAGAGAGAGAGAGAGCGAGAGAGACCGAGGAAGACUUCGCAGCUCCGGCAAUCGUCGACGACGUGUCGGGAGAGGUACGACGAGGGUGCGAGAAUAGGCAGGCAGCGCGGCGCUCGUCCGCCUCCUCCCCUCGACAGCAUGGGAUCGACAGGUUCAAAGGGAUCCUAGGAGGGCUGGAUUUUCUCGUUUGAGGAGCGUACGACGUGAGCUUUCAGACAAUUUCUCGAGCGUGUGCGGGUCACGUCGAGUAACGCGAGCAAAUACGUCAGCGCGCGCUGAUUUGCCACCCUCGGCGGGCCCAUGUGUGCGAUGGUCGACGAUACGGUGGUAGUGGUGAUGCUGGUGGCUCAUAAAUGUGCUGAGGGAUGGAUUGACUCGGUCGCAUGCCACCCGAGUGACCGAUUUCGAGACUUGCCGGGGAAUCACUGACUACAUGAUGGCGAAAUUUUUAGCUUGCGAGUAUAUUUUUUACUCUAGACAUGUCUGUUCUCCAUGAAUAUAUUUCCAUUCAAGUAAACUGGAUAAAAUAUCGUCAGAUUGACCUUUCUUAAUUUUGCACUUUUAAAUUUGUUAUUUAAAUAAGAUCGCUGUAAUUUACGCUCAUUUUUAUUCAUAGUCGUGAAUGAAAUAUAGCCGCGGUAAUAUCUAUUUUUAAUUAUGGUCAUAUUUAAACAGCUUUAUCGAUUUGUGUAUCCAAUUUUCAUACAUUAUGUUGUUCGCAACAAAGUAUUUGAAUUCUACGAUACAUAUUUUUUUCUUUUUUUUUGAGAAUCACUAUAAUCUCAUACUGAUUACUUUAUUUGUUCAAUAACGAGUGCUAAAAACCUGUUCUUUUUAUUUAUUUAAUCUGGUUUCUUGCCGGCAAGCGGAUGCACACACCGCGUUCGUAAUUAUAUAUUUAAUUUUUUGUAUAUUUAAAAAUUACAGCAAUCACGUGUAUCGCCAACGAGACUGGCGUUUUCCCUCUCGAGCGUUGUCGCGAGAUAGUAUAUCAUCAAAGUUGAAGUAUACUUGAGAUACACUCGCAGUCUCUACUUGAAGUUUGUCUAAUCGUUUCUCGUAAAAUAAGAAUUUCUUAUGCAUGUAUGCGUGUAUACGUGCCUAAAUAAACGAUUCUCAUUCCGCGAAAUCUGUUAAAAAUUCUGUUGCAACAUUAAAUGCAGACUACACGAUUGUAUUUUUCCAUUUAGCAAACGAAUUUUUGUUCCGCGAGAUUUAUUAUGAAUUCAAAUGUCUGACAAUAAUUAAAUGUACAGCUUGCAGCGAUUCUAUUUUUCCAUUCAGCAGUCGAAUUUUUAUUUCGAGAGGGCCACUAUAAUUUCAGCGCUCCCAUAACACUAAAUGUUGCACGAGUAUAUUUUUCCAUUCAACAACCAAAUAAGCUCGACAUAGUCACGAUGACUUUUUUUAUCUCACACAUCUGUUUUAACAAUAUCGUUGGUAUUAUUUUAUAUGUAUACCUGAUCAGUAACGUGAUCGCAGCAUUUGGAUGGUUUAUGAGUCGAUAAAUAUUCAUUUUUUAAAUACAUAUUUCUAUUUUUCCACGUUUGUACUUUGUUAUUUGCGUUCGACGAUAUAAUAAUCUGUUUUUACAAGAAUCGAUCAGUCGAAAAAUUACUUUUUACCGCAAUUAUCGUUUUUGUUACGCCAACCAAAGAAUUCAACCUGCAAUCUCGCAAAAAUAUUUAUUGCGAGCUUUUGUUUGUGAGUUUCCUCCAACUAUAUUGCAACAUAAGUUAAAAAAAUAAAAAAUAAAUUAAAAAAUAGUUUUACUAAUAAUUUCUCUUUCAUCACCUGUUAAGAAAGCAAUAUUAUUCUCUCUCGUCUCGCUUGUUUCUUUGUCUCGUUAACGUAUCGCAGGGCUGCUGCGAGUGCAUUGUUUUACUGCCCCAGUAUUUUUGGACGCAGCUGGUCCGUUGGUCCUUUCGUCGUCGGGGACAAUGGGACACGUGCCGCAGGGGACAAAGACGGCCCGUGCUUUCUCUGAAGCUAUAACGUAAUCGGUGUAUAAACUCCCGUAACCGCAUUUUUAAAGGUCCCUCAAAUAACGGCGCUUUUGGGGAUGGGCGCAUUGUAGGGCACACUGGUGUGACGACGAGGGAAGAAAUAGUAGCCGUUUCGAAGGCAUGUGAAGGCAUCCUUCGAUACAGCGGUCAAAGAUGACGUGUCGAAGCACAGUGAGAGAUAAAAGAAGACAUCUAAUAGAUCGCUUCAAUAUUGAAUAUUGAUGAAAAAUUUAAAUUCAUCGCGACGCGAUUUCUCUCGCGAUGGGAGGGCCUCUCGCUUUGAUCUCGCGCUGCUAAAUUAUUCCGAUUGAGUGUCGUUACGUGCUUUCCCUCCGCCUUCCCAUUGUCCCCUCUCUUUCUUCCAUUUCGUAUUACUUAAUGAAAUUAUGCAUCUGAUUCGACAUACAACUCUAGUGCACGUUAAUCGUCCAUCGAGCGAUGAUCGUUACGUCCCCGUCAGCGUUCUGGUAAUCUCCUUAACGAACAAACCACCCCCUACACCUUCUCCCCGUAUCGUCAUCAUCAUGUGCGCGGAGGGAGAUACCACUUCCUUGCGCUAAAUCCAAUAAGCGGCUAUUGGAUACGCCUGUCUACUCUCCCGAGAGAUGAAAUUCGUGACCAAUGCGCACCGCGGGGCCGGAGGGGAAACGAGCAGAAUAAGAGCGCGAAUAAGGGAGAAACAAUCCCUGUUCUGUGUCCGGCCGCUGGAGGAAUCGUCGAAUCGAGGACGUGGACGAGUGGCAGGUGCGCCCGUUUCUAGGAUCACCGAGAGUGUACCGGGACCCCUUAAUACGGUAUUUCAUCGGUCAUAAUCCUCCCUUCAUGGGACGCUCCUUUGUCCCUGGACGAAUGAAAAUGGUGUACGCAUGGGAGGGUGCUAUCGACGAUCCCUCUGCCCGAGCAGAUCGCGUUCCUGCGAAAACCUGGAUGAAAAAAGACGAAAGUCGCGUCGUCUAAGAUGCGUUUCUCAGGGUCUGUUCGAAUUCGAUGUUCGAUAUUGUUGAAUCGAUCGAAUAUGUAAUACCGAGUGGCACAACUGUACAGAUAGCAUUCUAUAACUGAUUGAAAGUGGUUCUUAACCCUUAGAGGGCCGGGAUUUUUCCAUUGAAAUUUUUUAACGUAAAAUUUAUGCAUAUAUGCAACCUAUAGGAGGCAGGUUACAAUGUGCAAUGGAAUAUUGUAAGCAAAUGUUGUAUAAAAUAUAAUUGUUUUAUUAAAGUUGUUGGUCGGCCAAGAGUUCUCUUACUUCUUUUUUUCAUUUUUUAAUGUCUCUUUAUUUUAACUUUUACUAAAGGUAAUAAUUUUUUAAUACCAACUAGAAUAGAUUUAUUUAAAGUGCAUAAUUAUUUAACGAAAUACAUUUACUUAAAUAAAUUAUAUAUAACGCAUUUUUGAAUAAUGCAUAAGCAACAUAUAUAAUAUUUUUAUACUUCAAUUUGUACAUUACACCUGUAUACUAAUUUUACUCUCGCACAAUUAGAUGAGCGAACGAGAGUUAGGUGAAAGGGUGAGCAUUAGAGGAAAGGGGGAACGAACAAGUAUCCGAUUAAUAGCGAAGUUUCCUCGUGAGUCGUUUCCGCGUGGGGAUGAACGCGAAGCAAUGGACGUUGGGGUAACGAAGAAAGGGCUCGAAACUGAUCAGAGACACGAUUGAAAGAGAACUCUUCGCUUCUCUCCAUUCACUUUGGGAACUGCGAAACUUCCCCGACGGUUGUUGUCGUCUCUUCUCCAACUGCUUUAUCCGUAGCACGCUCUUUGUUCUCCAAACGUAUUUCCGUCAUUUCGUCGAUUUGGCAUCCGAGGGAACAAAAUUGUUCCGGUAAAACAACUCUGCUUAUUUUAGAUAUCCCUAAAAAAACCUUUUGAAAAAAAGAAAAUGAUAGCGACACGUACAUUAUGUGAGAUAAUAUUCGCUCUCUUUAUAAAGUGAUUCAAAUGUAAGCGUUUUUUUAUGAUACAUAGUAUCAUAGAAAAUAAUAUUCGACAAAAGAAUACAUGUAAAUACAUGUUCUUCAAGUCAUCUCAUAACAUUUUCGCUCUUAUAUUGCUAUAAAUUAAUAUCAGAAAUUCGCAGAGUUAUUCGCCGCCAUUCAAUGUCGCAUUAAUAAUUAGCAAACCAAACUUGCUAAUUUGAGGAAGCACGUCUGAAGACACUUAACUAAAACGAUGGUUAGCAAGUUUUCUUCAACAUUUAUCACGUUGCACAACAUAUUCUCAAGACAUUGUGAAUUUGACAUCCAAUAAAUCCGAUAUUCGCAAUUCCUGAUUAUUAAUACUAUGUCGAGAGGCCGGCAGGACUUCUUGCUCCUGACAGGAGAAUAAUACGAUGGUCCUCGACGCGUCGUAAUCCCGAUGGGCGAUUUUAACUUGCACGGGAGGCUCCAGGCAUCGGCGGGUUUUUGUUUCUAAAUCGGUGACGCGCUUUUCCGCAAUUUUUACGACGAAAAAAGUAGGACCAGAUGCAAAUCUGGUGGAAAGGGGGACGUCUUCGUGCCUUCCUCCGGUCCAGAACCCUCGAAUGUGUCGCUCUUCCCUUCUCUCCUCCCUUCCUCCCAGCCCUCUUAAAAAAGUAAUUCGAGACGAGUUCCUGGUGGGACUCAGAAGAUGCUUCUGCUGUACGUCGAGCAACGUCGAACGUCCCUUCGUUUCGUGAAAUUGGAAAGGCACGAGGAAAGCGCGGUCCCUGGACGAUCGAAGGAUCACUAAUGUACCCUCGGUGGCACGCGAGGACGGAAACUCGACGCGAAGUGAUCGAACUGGGGAGAUCGAGGGGAGACAUAACGAAGAUGGAGUCAGAAAUGAGGAACGAGGCUUCUGGCGGAACGAGGGAACGGAUUUCUGCACGAUGUAUAUGUGCACGCAUUAUGCCUCCUGGCGUGUCCCGGAUAACGCGAAAACGAGGUUGAUUCCGCUUGCCUGAGAAUUUUCCCAGUUUGUAAAAAUAUCCUAAAGCUCUCGCGAAACUGCCUAGAGGUUUCACGAAGGGACAAGGAGUUUCCAAGAAACGUAGGAGUAUCUUUCUUUUUUCCCUUUUUUUUAGUAUGUCAUCUUGGUAUCGGAAAUCAUUCGCGGAGUUCAAAUAUUUAUUUUCCAUAUCUAGGUGAUUUUUAUACAGAGAAAGGCGCCAAAAAUAAUUUAGAUUUUGUUGGUUCUGGGAAAUUUGAGAUUUAUAUAAAACGUGUUAAUUUAUCACCGAAAAAAGGUGGCAAUCUCGAGAAAAGAUUUCGAUGCACACCCUUGCUUUCUUAUUUUCUUUUAAUGCCCGGGAGGUAAAUGUGUGAAACACCGCGACAGCUGUCUCACGAGACAUCGUUCUCCUCUUCCUUUGCCGCUCUGGUUUCCCUUUCUUUCAUACCGUCGCUCGCCUCUCUGCGCACCCCAUUUCCUCACCUCGGGGCGUUCCUGUCGAAAAUCCUGCACUCUGCGCUUCCGGUUCCUUCGCCGCGUGCGUUUCAAGACGCGGAACAAAGGAAAGAAAAUAUUCGACCGACCGGAAACGAGAUCUCUCGUCCCGCUUCCGCGCUCCUCUGACAGAUUACGCGUCGAUGAUUUUCCAUGUCACUCCUGGGGUUCCUCCGAUUCCCCGUCUAACCAUCGCGUAUCAAAGAUCGUUAAACCGCAGCUAACGAUUUUCACGAUUCACCCUCGGAAUACUUGACGUUCGCUCCCUCCAUUUUUUAAAGCGGUUGAAUCGUUAUAUCUCCCGCGUUAUGAAAUUCAGCAAACGAAUAUUGAAUAUCGGGAAAUAGUAGAUAAAACAUUCUUUAUUCUACGUUAUUAGCAAAUUCUAUUGGAAUAAAAGGGGAUUUUAUUGAGAAAUAAAUUAUUUUCAAUGAGUUUGUUACAUUGUUUUUAAACAAUAUAUUGAUCUUAUUGUUCGUUGGCGAUGAUGGGAAAAAAUAUAGCGAUAUAGCUUAUAUUUCCUAUAUAAAAUCUUUCUAUAUAAAUUAUCUAUAAACUUGAUUAAUUUUUUCGAUUAAAUUGACGGUGUGACCAAGCUUGUCCAUGCGUUUGGAUCAUCGCAGUGACAUGAUGCAACGAUUAUGGGAGUAAAAGGCAGUAAAUAAUCCCUCGUGCUCUUCUAGUACGAGGUUUUCUAAAAAAGACCGAUUGGGAGAAAGAGGGGAGGACCAAUGUUGUGAUCGGCACAUAGUAAUUAAAGGUCACGUUAUUCGUCGAAAAACGGACGGCUGCAUGGGCCAGUGACAAGGCUCCCUUUUGAAAGGAGGGCAGAUCCCUAACCGGGACAGGUGUAUAGUUACAAAGGACAUCAAAAAGGGUCGUUCUACCUGGUACAAUGGAGCUCGCAGGGAACAAGGGGGAACGGCCCGAAUGAUCGAUCGGUCGAUCGAUCGCCACGCCCGAACACUCUCCGACAAUCCGCGAGAGCGACUUGGAUGCUAUCUCUCAAUUCGGCGUUCCUGAAAUCCCCGAUUUUCGUUACGGCCUGUCAGGCGUUUUUUGCAGACUCGAAUAGAUCGAUUCGCAGACAUUAUUUUGAUAAAAAAUAUUUUUUCCGAGGCUAUUAUAGGAAAUUUUUUUGGGAUCUCUUUUAAGUAUUGUAGGUUUUGGGUGCGUAGAAAAAUAUUUUGGUAAUAUUUUGCACGCUCCGAAAAAUAUACAUUUGUGGACAAGUUGAUUGUUUAUUUGGUGUAUAUUUUAAACUUGUCUGUUAAAUUUUAAACUGUAUCUAAAACAUUUUAAUUUUCAUUAAUAUUUAUAUAUACACGUUUAUUAUACUCGAAUAAUUUAUUUUUCGAUGAUGACAUUGUAUCAAUAAAAUCUCUUUCUCCUUUUUGUUACAAGUAAAACCUUCUUUACUUAUGCAGAUGGAAAUCAUAAAUAAUGCAAACAAAAUGUAAGUAUACGUGUGACAAGUGCAAAAAUUUCAGCUUCUUUCGCCCUUGACAUUUUCGCGUUUCAGUAGCUCGUGAAUUUACAUCAAAGGAAACAAUUUGCGAAGCAAAUAGAUCACGAGCUUAAUGACCCGCGAGAAUUUCGAUUGCAAUUCGCGCUCAAGUGCUGCUGAAGUAAUCACGAGAGGGCGUAAUUUAAUAAUCGCGGUAUCGAGCACACUGUUGUCGGAAUGCCGGAUCGGCACUUUAUUAUCGAGAUCGCGACGUAUGUCGAACGAGAGCUGGCUUCGACUCGUUCCUGCAGACGCAAGCGAAGACUUGCCGUGUUCCGAUCGCGCGUGACACUUGAGAACGAAUAAGAUUAUAUUUCUGAAUGUGCAGAGAAAAGAAAGGAGAGCGUGAGGGGACGCGGCGAUGCAGAGAAAAACAGGUCGCUCGCUGAAGAUAAUCGACAUCCGGUAGAUCGGGAGUUAAAUUUAAUCCAAUAAAUAAUUCCACAUAUAUUUCUCUCGAUUCGCGUGCGUGCAAGAAUACGAGAGAGAAAGAGAAAAAAGGAGGAAAGAAAAAGUAGUCGUGUGACGUCGCGAACCAUGAUUGGCAAUCGCGAAUGGCAAACCUUCGACGCAUAUGUCGAUGCUGUUGCGGGAGACAGCGGCAACGACCGACUUCAAGGUAGCUAAGCCAGUUGGCCGCUUAUGUAAGUUGUUUGGAAGUCCGCUUACACUUGCUAGAGAUGGAAGAGAGAGAGAACGAAAGAGAUUGCGAGAGAAAGAGAUAGAUAAUUAAAUGCAUUCGCUUCUUCUUAGCGACUUUGUUAGCACGUACGCGCGAUUAUUCUCGAAGCUCAAUUACGUAACAAUCGGAAGCCGGAAUGUUUGAUUAUGCGGACCGCAAAACUUGAUUAUUUUAUCGAUCUCGCGCUCUCUUUUACGUGAUCAUUCGGAGAUUCUUCAAGAGAAAAACUUCGAAUCAAUGAGGAUUUUUUCAAUUACGGAGUCUCGGAUUAGUCGUUUCAGUUUCAAUAAUUGGAUUCAAUUGGAUAACGCUGGAUCAUAGGGUCGUGUAAAGCCUAUCUCGGAUUGUGCUGACAAAGACCGAGAUUGCGAUGGAGAUUGGGAUUCGAUCAAUCGAAACGUCCCCUGCUAGAUAUUGUUUGGUCGAAUCUCAAUCUGCAAUACGUAGUCCGGUAAGAUCUUAAUAUAAUAGCGUAAUCGCGUGAUGAUUACGUCAUCAACAAUCAUGAUGCAAUUAUAAUUGUUCUUACGUAUAAAUCCACGACAUAAAUUAAUUUCUCUCCUGUUACAUAAAUCUUUUUAUAUUUUUAUCCUAAUUUUUAAAACUGCUUUUAUCAUUCAUAAUUAAUAAUGCUUCACUUUUCCGCUUUCGUUUUCACGAAUUUGCAUUCGGGACUGGAGGAAAAUUCAGAAUUUUUUUAGCUCCGCAGCACAUGAAAAAUGCAAAAGUACCGUGCAUUCCUUUCAGUUGCGCGAGACACGAGACAAUAUCCGUCCUCUUUCCCCCGUGAUAUUGACACAGCUCGCGAUCGAGAAGUAAUUGUUUCGAGGAAGUGGUACACAGUCGUUCAUUUGCGAGACCUUUAUUAAGCCUUGCGUGUCAUUAUCCGCACGGUGUAUUCGCCGUUAACUUUCGAUCGAGAGGACAGAGCCAAGCCGCCGCCAGCCAGCGAGAGAGCGGGAGUAUCGGCGGUCUCGACUUGGACAUUUAAAUGCAAAUGCACUUUUUACAUAUAUUUAUAUGCAAAUGAGCUUUUCCCACGGCGAGAAAGGACCCGGGGACGCGCAAACGCCGUCGUCUCAUCGUCGAUGAACGCGAGACGCGCUCGAGAGACGUCGUCCUCUCUUUCGCAAACGUCGGCAGAAAGCGGUUGCGACACGCGAUGCCGGAAGGAACAGACAAUCGUCGCGUGCGCCGAAAGUCUGCGGGAAAUUAAACAAAAUUGCAGCUUCGAAAAUGUUUAUCACCGCUUGACUCGCAAUCGUGAAAAUCGGCGCAGCUGACUACUCGAUCGAUUCUUUUACAAAAUUUAUUUCGCUUUAAAACGUUUAUCGACGCGUUACAUUACAUUAAAUAUUAACAGAAAUUUUCGGAAAAACAAGCUCGACGUAUUUUUCACAUUUGAGAUAAAGUUAUCUAGAUACGUUGCUAGAUGACGCAUGCGACGAUUUGUGAAGCAUGAAAGCGCGAUACCCCUCUCGGUGUGUUCGCCCUCCGUCAUUCUCGAACGCACGGGAAGCCAUAAGAAAAGCGGCUGCACGGGCUUUUGGAGACGUCUAUCGUCUUAUUAUAGGUAGAUUCACGAGGGGCGGCGGGUAGUAACGGGGUGAAUUCUUCAUACGUCGAGGGAACAAUGUGCUCGCGCGUUACGGGGAAUUUUUCUCCAGGCGCAUAUUGCGAUGGCCCUUAUCGUUUCGCGUUAGGGGGAUUCCAUUUGGAGACAUCGCGCUUUUUUCGUCGAUAUGUUCCGCUAUGGGAUGUGCGUUCGUUGUCGUACGGGCAAUCAAGGCUCAUACAUACGUACGUCGUCCGUUCUUCUGUCGUUGUCGGUUACACCAAGGCAUUCUUUUCGCCAAUCGUUGUCGACAGAAACGAAUUAUUUGAGGAUUAUUUGAUUCGGAGGUUGCCGCGAUCUAAUUUUCGUACGAAUCGACGCGAAUGGAAAUCAUUGAAACGACCGUGAUGAAAAAAUAUGACUUGGGAUCUGUAACAAUAAAAUCUUAUAUUGUUUCUAUGAACGUGAAAAGUAGAAUCAAUUGAGUUUUAUGAAGAUGUUUAAUUUAUUCGCAGUUUUUUAUAGUAGAUAAAAAAAGUGAAAAAGACGCUUCAACUAUAAAUCAAUCAAGUCGGCGUUAUAUAACUUAUUUAUCCGUCAAUCUCAGUUUACUUGUUACAUAGUCGCUGCGACGAACAAUGUAGCGAUGAUGUAGCGCAUGUUAAUGCGACAAUGUAAUUAAAGACGUAUGAAAAUGAAUGCCGUAAUUGAAGGCCGCGGAGGAAUAACACGAUAACCUUGAUUUGAAUGCAAAUCAGGUUUCGCAUUAAAAUAGCUUCUCGUUCUGUGGGAUCGACGCUCACACUCGUGCUCCUUUUUUUCAUUAGCUAUCAUUGGCAAACUAACACAGACAUGCCUUCCUUUUUGCGCAAUUAAAAAGCAAUAUCGAGAGAUGUAUGAGCCAACUUCCAGUUAAACUUCAUAUGACUGAAUUAUUAUGUAUUUAAAAGAAAAACGUUGCAUAAUUAUACACUUGCGUUGAGAGGCUGAAGAACGUCGCGCGAAUUUUGAUUAACUUUGCAAAAAUUUCAUUGCACAGUUCGCGCGUUCCGUAUCGCGACUAAACGCGACUUAACUUCUCCCGUCUCGUUAUGUCGUUUAAUUUGUUUGUCCAUCGACAUGUGCAAUUUUCUACUAAGAAUUACAUAUCAAUUAGAUGAUUAGUAUCUUAACUAGCCUACUAUCGACGGUCGCCACGAUGGUAAAUGCGUUAAUCGAGUAACUAGUAAGCGAUAUGUGCGUGGCCGGGAUUUUAAUCGCGAUUCGCACUGAAAUUACGCGUUCGAGGUAUUAUCACGACUUUAUCGUGAUACUCCAUAGACUUCAUAUAAUUAUCUUGUUGAGCAGAGCCCAUGUUACUGAAGUGACUACGACGACACGAUUCACAAUCCGAUUUCAUGGAAAUUCUAAUAUACGUUCCUCCAAGUCCGACUCGAGAAUCGAAUGGAGAUUGGGUUCUCAAUUUGAGAACUCGAUCACGUGAACCCCGUUUAAUCUUUGCGCGGCGAGUAACAGCCUGUUUUCGCCUUGUUGUCUUCGUAGACUGCUUUAGCACCCCCGACAGAGAAUUCCUGAAGAUCCUGCGUUCGCCAGAGCGACGAGUCGAGAUCCGCAAUCCAAGAGUUGUCAAGCGCACAUCGCGCGGCGCCUUAAUGGAAUUUGAAUGUCGUUAGCCGGAGUAACCGGGCGUGAGAAAGGGACGUUAUCCCCAUUACUGGGUGGUGUCGUAGGAGCCUCGGCCGCCCUGCAGCAUCCCUAUUGCGUCGUCGAAUUUAUUAGAGCGCGAAAAUGCGCCGUUACCUUCGUCAUUGGCCUUCGUCUUUCGACGGUUUAUCGAGCACGCUCGCGAACUCGAAGAAACACGUCAUCGUUAUUAGCGUAUCCGUUAUUAUGCUGCUUAUGUAAAUGUUGCAGUAUUUUCUUGCACUCUGUGGCACGAUCGUGAGUUUAACCUCCAACGUGAUUCAUUGCGUUUUUUAGACGAUUUACUGGAUUUUCUGGAAGUGAUUCAACGACAGAAAUUGUCGAUCGAAUAGAAAUUUUCGUGUCUAUGCUUAAAAAAGUUUUUUUUAGUGGAAUUAAUCUUUUCUGUAUAAUCAUCUAACAUUAAUCUGGACGAGUAUUAAAUCUUUUAAUUUAAUUAAGAUGAAUGACAUCUUAGAUUGGCGGGAGGGAAUAUGUAUAUAGGAUGGAUUUUUCAAAUAUGAGAAAAAGUUAUGAAAUUGUAACUUUACAACACGAUCGUGCGCCGUGAAAUGGCAUUUCAGUGGAAUUGCACUACGCGUGGAAUGCGCGAGGGAAUUAAAAUGGAGAGAACGGAUAGGAUUUUCCGGCUUGGACGGAUUGCGACUCCGAUCAGCGAUCAACCGAUCUCUCAAUCCUCCGUGUGCUUUUCCAUUGUGCAACGCGCUCAACUUGUAACUAUACCGAUGGAUUAAUGGAGCACCCGUGCGUGAUCGUUAGGAAAUGAACGCAGCGAUCGAGAGAUCGAGAAAUGCGGUAAACGUCGCAAUGCAGAAAAGAAACGCGAAAGGAGAGGAGUUUCUGGGUCGCAAUGUUGAUGAGACUUGUUGUUGUCACUCAUGAUUAUUAUUUUUUUCAUAUAGACGCGAAUGAGAAAUUUCAAUUUGCACGGUAAUGCUCGCCGUUGCAACGCUCUUGCGAAAUUCCAAUGAUCCACUGCGUAUCUACGGUCAUUACGAGUGAACCUAGCUAGAAGAUCAAAGAGGAAUGAACAUCGCGACGAAGAAAGGCGCAAUCGUACCUCCGAAUGCAAUCGCUUAAGAAGGAAUCGCUCGUCCAACUAAAUGAAUUCCGAAUCUGAAAUAACGCAAUGUGCGCGUCCUCACGUGGGCCCGUUUUGCCGGAGAAUCCGCCAGUACGCCGCUGCAGCUGCAGGUUGCCCUUCUUUUGCGUAAGAUAGUCGAUAAGUCACGAGAACCGGCAAGGUUCCCCGGGGUAACCUUCGUCAAUUCACCCACCCGACAAUCAAAGAAACCAAUGAUUACGACAAAGACCAGCAGUUUUACAUCGCGAUUUUACAUCGAGGGGGUGAACACACGUCGGAAAUGUCGAACGCCGUAGCGUCAUCAUGAUGAACGUUCGGAGCGAAAGAAAAAUGUCAGACAAAGAGAGAGGGGGAGAGAGGAUGCACAUAGGGAAAGGAAGGGCCCGUUUGCACUUGGUUGAAAGAAUGGUGUGUCGGUCGCUACGUCGUUCGCCACGUUUGCCGGCGAAAAAAUGGCCGGUGCGCCGGUAAAUCCCGCGGGCACGCUCGUGUUUCGCGGUCAACGAACCUUUCUUUGCUUUCGCGCAGCCUGCAUGGGUGGAUUCUCGUUGGGAUGCGGCCUCGGUUGGAGCGCGCCGUGCGUUGAAAUACUGAGGAGCGACCUGUACGACUUCGACGUGUUCGCGGCGGACGUGAUCGCAUCGGUGUUCCCGGUGGGCGCGGCAUUCUGCACGAUCAUCGUGCCGCUGCUGAUGGACAGGAUCGGCCGGAAGUGGACGAUGAUGGCCCUGGCACCGGCCUUCAUCGGCGGCUGGAUCCUGCUAAUCUGCGCGGGCUCGCUGGUACCGCUCUUCGUGGUCAGCAGGAUCGUGACCGGCGCCUGCGGCGGCAUGUUCUGCGUGCUGGCGCCCAUGUACUCCGCGGAGAUCUCCGAGAAGCAAAUCAGAGGAAUGACGGGCGUCUUCUUCCAGUUGCUGCUCGUGAUCGGCAUACUGUACGCGUACUGUACCGGUUUCACGCGAAACGUAGUCGCGAUAUCCAGCCUCUGCUGCAUCGCGCCGAUCGUGUUCGGCGUGACGAUGGCCUUCAUGCCGGAGAGCCCGCUGUUCUACUUGAAUAAAGAUAGGGAAGAGGACGCGCGAAAGUCCAUGCGAUUCUUCCGCGGCCCAGAUUUCGACAUCGAGCCGGAGAUAGAGGCCUUCAAGGAGCAGGCGGAGAAGAGCAAGCUGGUAAAGUUGAACAUCUCGAUCUUCCUGAACAAGCCGGUGCUGAAGACGAUGGCGGUGGCCUACGGGCUGAUGUUCGCCCAGCAGUUUAGCGGCAUUAACGCCAUGAUAUUCUACGGCGUGACGAUCCUCGAGUCGACUGGCGUCGGCAUGGAGUCCCUCGUCGAGCUGGUAAUUUUCGGCGUCGUCCAGGUGGUAGCCUGCGUGGCGUCCGCGCUGUUGAUCGACAAGCUGGGCCGCAAGGUGCUCAUGGUGCUCUCCGAGGCGUUUAUGUGCGUCUGCCUGACAGCCCUGGCGGGCUUCUUCGUCCUGAAGACUUACAUGCCGGAGCAGGCAGAUAAGAUGCAUUGGCUGCCGCUCACGUCCAUCUGUGUCUACAUACUCGCCUUCUGCUUCGGGGCCGGUCCGAUUCCCUGGGCCUACAUGGGCGAGAUUUUCCCUACGCGCUUGAAGGGUGCAGCAUCGUCCAGCGCGGCUUUCUUCAAUUGGAUGUUGGCGUUCACGGUUACGAUAUCCUUUCCAAGCGCCGUCGACGCGUUCGGUAACGCCGCGGUGCUCUUCUUCUUCGCUCUGAUAUGCUUCCUGAGCGUGUUCUUCGUUAUCUUCUUCAUGGUCGAGACCAAAGGCAAGACCUUCGCGGAAAUACAACAAGAGUUUGGAACUCACAUGAUCAACAAUACGCAUUGAAUGUAACGUAGCAAGUAUUAUAAUUUCCAAUGGAGCAAACGGAAACAAAGCUUCCUCUAUAAAACUUGAAUAAACGCAGAGACGCAACGAGUCAAUCAUGUUUAUUUGAUCACGCAAUUUAAUGCAUUAACGUCGACAGUUUGCGUGCGUGAGAAGCUUCGAGUUACUGACGGCACGCAAAUUAUCCAUUGUGAAAACGAGAGGGAUUUCGAAGGGAAACGUGAAAGUUCAGCGAAAAUAAAGCAGCGCCGUCUUUCUUGCUUGCAUCGUUCCACGUAUAAUAAAUCUCAGAUUAUGCGGCAAUAAAUGCGAGACUAAACGUGCAUGACUCGCGCCUGAUGUCAGCAAUUAUCGGGGAAAUAUCGACGUAUCAGCGAGACGCUCCGUCGAUCGUGGGAUCGAUCCGUGAUUUGGUCAUUUCUGUGGAAAUUGUCUCGCGCGAGUAACGGCAAUUUUAACGUCAGCCGCGUGUCUCCAUUUAAGUAAACUCUCCGUCGAGGACGUGGGCGUGAUGCCUACUGAAAUAAUUCGCAGAUAAGUGAAUUCCUGACGGGAAGUGGGACGCGCGAUAAGCGGCGAACGAGCGCGCGGAGGAUGGAGGAGGCUAAACUUGAACCGCGAUAUUAUUAUAUGUAUAUGCAACGCGCUACAUGCCGCGAUACGCAUCGCGAAGCAGUCACUGCACACUUAUGGCCUUGGCCGAAUCAUUUGGUAUUAACAAUGAUCGCGUGAUCGAGAGAGAGCGCUCGGCCGUGAUAAUAUUUUAUAAUAUUUUUAUAUUAAUAUAUAAAAUAUUAUUUUAAUAUUAUUUCAAAACGAGGAUUUCUCAAUUCGAUUGCGUGCAUCUCGCUGUUUGCAGAUUAUUAUUAUUAUAUUCUAUUAUUAUAUCCGAACCGAAUAUUCGCGGACGGAAUAGAUACGCAACGAGAUGAAUGAUGAUGCUGAUAUCAGCAAGCUGUGAAUCGGAAAGAGGCGGCCGUGUUGGCGGAAUUACUAGACGAUUUUACGUAAUCAUUUUAAAUUUUGCAUAAAUAUCAAGUAUCGAGUCUCUCGUUGAUUUUCAUGAAAUUUUCACUGAAUGAAACAGUACCUCGUGUAAUCGCAAAGUAUGAAAAAAACUUGUUAACAAUAAUUCUCUCAGUGCAGCUUUUCGACUCAAAGUGCAAGCAUCGCACGAUAGCUUCCCUUUAUUCGAUUUUGUCGUCGACGACGAGAACGAUGAUGAUGAUGAUGAUGAUGAUGAUGAUGAUGAUGAUGAAGACGACGAUUCCGAUGCGUCGAUUUGUCAUGCAGCUGCCAUCACUCGGUAGACGCUCGCUUUCAUCGAUUAUGCAUUCGAAUUUAUAUUUAUGAAGCGUCGCCGAGCGUGCACACGCACACAGAGUGUCGCCGUUCUAAUAACGAAUGCCGCCGUAAAACCUCUUUGAACAUCGGGCGCAGCGAACCCGGCGUUACAUUCCUGCUUGGCAGUCGUCUGGGUUCACUGCCUACUCGGGAUUCCUUUUUCUUCCUUUUUUCAUUUAUUUUCCUUUUUUUUUAUCAUGCAUUCGCACGUUUCGCGGAUUUUUUCCAUUUGGACGGCAGACGGAUACGCUCUCACGCAGAUGAGAGUAUCUAGAGUAUCUCAAAUAUCUCGUGUGAGGGUGCGCGUUCCUUCCGCGUUCUCCAGCUCGCUAGUAAUCUCUGAUUUAUCUGGGAAUGGUUAUUCAUAAUCGGGAUUUGCGCGAAUGUCAAUUUAGCAUAACUACGCUUGCGGUGCAGGUACGGUAAACGAGAUAGUUCUUGUUAUGAAUGAUUCAGAAUAAUCUCAAGGCACUUGCGAUGUUCUCGAUUAAGGAAUAAUUUAUACAUGCUUGCUGCGUGUUGGUUCCAUUAACGAACAGCGUUCAAUUUUAUAUCUCGGUAAUAAAUGCUACAGUUAAUUUUGAAAGAUUAAACUUGAAGAUCGAUAUCUCCUUAAUAAACGACACGAAAUGUAACAAGAUAUGCAACAAGAUUCGUACGGAUGAAUAAAUCGUGAUGCACUUUUGCAAAUGAGACAAUUCUUGAUAAAAUCAUCUUAAGAUACUUGCAAUGUACUCGAUAAAACAUUCUUUUACAUAUUCCCUGCAAAUGCGAACACUAUCAAGUGGGUCAAUUGGGUUAAAAAGUUCGCUUCGACUUUUGCAUAAAAUUUUAUUAUACUUUAUUGCAGUCAGCAGAAAGAAAUAUAUCAACCAAGUACUUAUUAUCGUCUAUGAUUAGACAUAUCGUCAGAAAUUCAAAAGACUUAAUUUUGUCAAUAUAAUAUCGAAAACGUGUGCGGAAACAAGACAACGAGGAGAUAAGGGACUGGUCGCAGGCACACGAAACAGGCCAAGCAGGCAGCAGCAGACGAGUUUUUCACGCGAGGCGGGUCCUCUCUCGUGGGAAGAAGCCGAACUUCUUCUUCACGAUCGCCGACCGACGAAACCGGCAGAAACGGAACGAGUCCGGCGAAAAAUCGCGGGCAAUUUUUGUUGGCACGAUCGAGAGGCGUGACGUCGGAUUCGCCGCGCUUCUUCCUUGAUCGAUCUUUCGGUUAUCGCGUGUAUCAUCGUCACGUCAUCUCGUCAGUGUGCGUCGGGUCCAACAAGAUUUUGUGGAACGACCACCCUGUUUGCGAUCCCGCGCGACGCGUUUAAUUCGCCGAGCAACAAUAGCGAGGGCCGAGUAGUCGGUCGGUUUUAAUUCGCCGGCAGGUUACGUGAAUGUGUGGCGUAACGCGUAAUUUAAUGCCGUACACGUAAGUCGAUACGUCGGCUCGUCGUAAACAGGUUUCCAGGCGAUGACAAUUUUCGAGAGCGCGUUCCUCCACUUGUCGUAUCCGGUACGAUGUGAUACGUCUGUCACCCAAAACCAGCCGCACGCUGGGCAUUGCGUAUAUCGAUCUGGUAUCGACUUCCGUUCCGCACCGAUACUGCGCCGGAAAAUGUCGCGCGUUGUUCUCAGCUGACAGAUUCACAGAAAGACAAACGUAUUGGAAAUUAUUUGUAAGAAUUUCAUUUAACUGCCAGCCGAGAUAGAUCUGAUAUAAUUGCGUCUUUAUUGGCGCUGUUGCGUGAUUUGAUAUCGAUUUCUGGAUGCCCGCGUCGAGAAGCGACGAGUUUCGAAAUUGCGAGCGGAUUUGAAUGAAAACGGAGAAAGAGUUGGCCGAGCAAAGACGAAGAUGAAUGAGGAAAACAUGGAUAAAUGGAGGACGAGUGUUAUAAUUGGAUUUGACUACCGGUUCAGGACUGCGUCCAUUCGUUUCUGCUUCCAUUCGUCUUUCGCGUCUUGGAUUCGCGGUAACCCGAGGCAGACUCCGAUUGUAAUCGUCUCCACCGUGGAAGCCUCAAAUUUGAGACAAGCGUGCAAUUUGCGGCGUAAAAUCUGCGGCAGAAAAUUUCAUCAAAUUGCCCUCUGAAAGGCGCAUGCGAAAUACAGUGUCAUCUUCCCUGUCAUCUCCCAAUUCCCAAACCGUUCACGAACGAAUAAUUUAUCGCAAAUUUUAAAACGCUCGCACGCAUCACGCGGUCGCUUCGGAAUCGGACUCGGGCAGGAAGAACUCACGUGGACGAAAUUUAUUUCCCGGACAAAGCCUGCCUAAGUGCUGUCCCGCGUGGCAGAGAGUUUCGUUUCGAUACAAGCGAUUAUGUUGGCUCGCAGCGGGAGAAGCCUCGCUGAGGAACAAGAAAAACCGUCCUCGGCGAACUGUCUCGGGAAGAGCAGCGGUGCUUGCCGUUUUCUUGCCUGGUGCGUAUGUGUAUAUGUGUGUGCGCCACGCAGGAGAAGCAGAAGAAGAAAGCAAGCGGCUAAGCGUCGCCGAGCGGGUCUCUAACAAGCAAUAAGCGAUAUAUCGAGUAUAUACGCGGUUCCCAUCUGGCCCCGGUACUCGAAGCCCCCGCGGCACUUCCCGGAGAGGUUGUCGCAGACGGGAAAUAAAUAAAUAGAAAGCACGUCGGGGCGAGUGAACGCGCUUGCAUCCGCGCGUGGUGGCCCCGGCCGACCCGGAGGAAAUUGGCAGCAGCCGGAACAUCGGCUGUGUGUUUCUCACAUACAUUUCGCUCGCCGGGAGGACAGAAACGGGAGAAGGAGGAGAGUGACGACGAUGACGAGGACGACGAUCAUACUCCGUGCCCCCAGGGCGCCGGUUCCGCGUCGCGGCGUCGCCGCGUCUUCUCGUCGAAUCCGUCCAAUAUUCAGCAUCAUCUCGCCGCGAUGAAGAAUCUUUCUCUCUCUCUUUUUCCAUCUUUGUUUCUGUCUCUAUCUCAUCUGCUAGUUGCUUUGAUUCCCGUUUCAUGAACGAAACUCAGCUCUUUUUGCAUCAAGAAGUGCAUUGCUCUCGAAAGCGUCCGAUGAAUUUUCUGUCUCUCUUUACGCCGAAUACAGUUGACGAGAACGCAACGUUGACAUUCGGCCAAUCCGAAAAUGGGUCGUACGACGAUGUAAUCGUCAUCCUCGUCCCUCUCUUCUCUGUGCUUUGAUGCUCCACCAAUUUGGCGGCGGAUAUGCGGCGUUAUUCGUUAAUUUCGGAUUCAACCGUUGCGAUAUCUGCCUGCGCUGCAACGGCGCGCGUUUAUCUCGCCUUUCAUCGGUCGUCACGCGUUGCAAAUGCGUUUUGACCGAUUUGCAAACUGUUCGCGUCGCGUUUCAGAUAAUUACGAAUUUAAAGCUGCCCGACCUCGCUCCCCCACAGCGUCGAAAUCGCGGAAAGAGAUGAUGCUUGAUGAAAUUCUUUUAGAGAGCGCGAUGAUGUGUUACAAAAUGAUUCAAAGAGAGUAUUAUUUUAAGUGAUAAUUGAUGAUAAUUGCGUUCUUUCUCUCUCGAAAUAAGUUACUCUAAAAAUUAUCGAGAAUGUGAAUGAAGGAGAACGAUAAGGGAGGUAAAACCCACCACCAACGUGCAUCAAUCUCGCAUCUCAUAUCGUCUUGUGGUGCGUAGCGUCUUUGUUUCGUCAUCGAGGAGGCGUCGGCGGCGGUAACAGAUUAAAUUCGCGGUAAUAGAUUCGCCGAUGAUUCCUUAACUCGCGCGCAUCCGUCCACGCCGAUCUGCUCGAUGCAUUCGCGCUCGGACGAAACACGCGUCGUGAUAACUUAAACUCCAGUUUUGCAAAUACUUCUCUUCGGAGACACGGACGGAUGCACACGCACGUUCUCUCGCUCCUUGUCCUCCUCUCUCUCGCUCUCUCUCUUUAGCCCCCUUUCCUCCCCCUCUCGUCGCGCCACAACCCACACGCACGCCAAUCCGCACUUCAAGGCUCUCUCGUACGCUCUCGUGCCCCCGCACGCGGAUGACUUGGCGGACGGUACACGCUCUUGUACAGAACUCGCGUGAGCCCGCACUCGCGCAUGCGUGUGUUCGUUCGUUCGCUCGCUCGCUCGCGCCUUCCCUCCCGCCCUUUCCUCCGCGUCGGAGGAAUUGCACACUGCACCAUUGCACCGUCGACCGUGAGGCCAACGGCCUCUCUCCGCGUGGUAUCGCCGCGCCGGCUCGCUCGCGGCAGCGACAGCUCGCGCGACCCAAAGAGGGCCGAAAAGAGCCACGGAGUCUGCAUGUCUCUCUCUCUCUCUCUCUCUCUCUCUUCAUUUCUCUCUUCUUUUUUUUCUUUUUGUUUGUCUCUUUCUUUUUGCCGGUCGUGCCAUUACUACUCGCGAGAGACCGCGUCGCGCGCCGCGCUUAAAUUAAAAUUAAUCGCCCUCAUUGUACAUGGCGAUUACGCGAGGCGUCAUGUCGGACCAGCCGAGCUAUUAUCGCGGCGAGAUUGCAGCGCCGCACGCCGAUUCUUCUCAAUUUUGCGAAUACGCGAGUGUGUAUGCCUGCACACGGCGAAAAGGAAAGCGUUUGUGUACCUAGAUAAACGUUUAUACACCUCUGCUUAUGCUAGCUAUCUUUAUUGGCAUCUCAUUUAUUCUAUGGCUGUAAUGCAGACACAGAGGCAAAUACAAACGAUACAAACAACUCGCACGAUCUAUAAUUACUCAUAAAUGUAUGAUAACGUGUAUUAUAACAAUGAUACAAACACGGAUCGCGAUUGAAACUCGUUUACCGAGACACGCCUAUAAUACCGAUCAUCCUCUCUCGCUACCGCCAACGCGAUAGUUUUAUCGAAAGCCGUUGUUUAUCCACGUCUCUCCGACUUCAGUUCACGUGGGGAUGUCCAUUGAUCGCACGCUGGUGGCAUCCGUAACGCGAGCACUCGCUCGCAUUGUUCGUGGUCUACGCAGAAGCCUCGCUUUCGUUGAUCGGCCAAUCCGGCCGAUUCGCCGAUAUCGCGUCCGGUAUCGGCCGUGGAGGCUCUAUAAAUAAAUUGGCCGCAGAAAUAAAGCGUAUCGCAGCCCCACGCCAGGCCGAUCUCGCGACUCGCCGAUAUAGUAACGUUGCACGCGCGAGCGAGCGAGCGAUCGUGCGCGUUAUCACGCAGCUGCUAUCUGCUCUCCUCUGUACGCCGCGCGCGCACAAUCGCGCGAGGAGGACGACGACGAUGUCAAUGGAGCUCGCUGUUCGAUUCGCCUCCUCGCCUUCGCGCGAUCCCUUUAUCGCGUAUCCGCGACGGAAUAAAAAGCCACUCUCCGCGCGAAUUCAAUGGGCGCGCGCGCUAUCGCAUCCUUUUCCCUUUUUCUUUUCUUUUUUUAUCUUCCCCUUUUUUUCUUUCGACUGAGAUUUCGGUCGUCUCCACUUUAUCCUUUCUUCGGAUGCGCGACGCGUCGCGAGAUCAUCUCUCUCCGCGGAAAGACAGAGAAAGAGAAGGAACGAGGCCGAAUCCGAGCCAGAAACGAACGCAAAACCGCCGAUAGCUAGUCAAAAUUUAUUUGCACCUUCGUACUCGCGUAAUUCGCGAUUUAUCGCGCGCGUGUAUGACGAUGCCGCGUUUGCCGCUCCACGUGCUGCAAGCAAGCAAGCAAGCAAUCGCGCUGCCUGCCGAGAUGUGUCGCGAUAAAAUUAAUAACACGAAUUGUAUUCGACUCAGCGUCCUACCAUUGUGACUCCGAAGAUGAAGACUCCGAGGUCCCUCCGAGAGACGACGAGAGGGAAAGGGAGGAGGCGAAGGCAUGAAUGACGAGCAAGAGCUCGUCAUUAAAAUUUGCAUCCUCGGAAUCUUUGUAUCUUCGAGAGAGCCGCGAGCUGCUACUUGCACGUCAUUGUGUUGCCUCGUCAUCAAUGGGAGUCUUUGUCUUCGAGGACUUUUGCUUUUCUUUGUAUUCUUCCUGCGUUUGUGAUGAUUCCUUGAGUACAUCCUGUGCCCAUCCUGCUCGUUUCAUUAACAAAUAAGAUUUAUUUAUAUUCAGACCGUCGCGCGAUGUUACACGAUGCUCUUCGGCGCUGCUGUGCGCGUGUGUCAUGUAGAAUGUAGAAAUUAUUGAAAAAAUAAGAAAAAUUAUAAUUAGAACAAAUAAUGUUAUUUUGAAGUUAUAAAGAAAGGUUCAAUUUUUUUCAUUGGAAAUUAAUCCUGAGAAGUAAAAGAAAAUGAUUAAUAAACCCUCUACUGAAAUAUAAAAUUCAAGAUAAACAGUCACGCACACGCGACAUGCUGUUGCACAAAUGUAGUCGCGCUUAUAUUUAAUCCGUGCUUUCUUAUAAAAAAUACGCGGUCGAUCGGUCGGCGCGUAACGGCUCGUUGAAUUUGAUUAACGCAAUUCAUGUCAGCGGUGACAAAUACAUCCCGGCCGAUUAAUGUUAAUCAAGCGACGACAGCGAAAUGCGCGCGUACUCUCCUCCUCGCGUCCUGCGGCCACGAUGAUGGAUUUUAAUAUUCGAACGAGGGCGCUUUGGCCAUACAGCGUCAUUUAUCAAGGCGAUCAGCGUAAUGGAACCGCAUGCGGUAUGCAUAAUGCAAAGUCGGACUACAGAAGGAGUGUUUUUCACUCGCUCGCAGUUCAUGAAAUCGUAUGUCGACGCGUGCAAUUAACAUGAAUCCAUUAAAGGCGAUAAUUAUAAAUAAUCUCGUUUUUGCUUUCUGUACGAACGAUACAAUCAUCAGCAACCUUGACUGGUUUGGAAAUUGGACUGAAAAAUAGCCUGAAAAAUCAAACGACUCGUUUGAGAAUUAGACCGGAAACUUUUCCAAGACUCAUGUUGUUUUUAUACCCAUUUAAUAAAAAAAAUGUCUCGGAGAUGCAAUUUGCAUUGCCGUUAACGUAAUUAAUUAAUUAGCGGCUAUUGAGUUGUACUUGUAAUGUUCAAAAUAAAAUCUUGCGACCGUCAAAAUCUUGCAACGUAUCAUUAACUUUCGUUUUACCGCGCUCUCUCUCCUUUCCCCCUUUUCCUCUUUCUCUCUCUUCCUCUCUGUAAACAAGCGAUUGACAGAUAGACGACGCGACAGGAUGGGCUCGUUUGACGCGCGAAUUUGUUUCCGUCGCCGUUGCGGGCAACGGUGCGUGCAUCUCUCUCUUUCUCUUUUUCUCUUUCUCUCUCUUUGCGGCGACCCAAUUGCAUAUAACGCGCGCGUGUGCAUUCGCUUGAUACGCGCGCAGCCUCUGCGGGACGCCUGUACCGUUGUCGAUAGGACCGUGAUUCGCGCCAUCCGGUAAAACGACUUCUCUCUCUGUCUAUCUCUCUUUUCUCUCCGAUUCCCUUUACGGGAACGACGAUGACGGAGAUGGCGAUGGCCCGGCUCGCCUGAUUCUGAUCGCGACGUAAACCGGUCCUGUCCGUCGUCCGAAGUCACCGUGCGAUCCGACGAGGCCUCCCCGAGGUAGUAAAGCGUAUCGCAGCGCGCAAAGCGGCUGGACCGAUGCCGGAGAACGGAGUAUUCGCGUGCAGCCGGCGCAAUUUGCGCGGCUCCUCUCGCGUAAGCGAUUCGUAUUCAAUUGUCCGACUACCACGUUACUCUCGAGGAACACCCGAACGAAAAUGCGACGCGCAAUUGUUCCUCGUGCAAUAAUAAAAGAGAGAGAAAAGAAAAGAAGAACAGGGAGAAAUGGAAAAAACAGCGCAAGUCGUUGCGUUUUUGCGAGCAUUUUGUUCACGUGGAUAGCGUGCGUUUUUGAUGAUACUCGAAAAGGUGUUUAGCUUUUUUAUUAUUUAUAGAGCAACGCAACUCGUGCUCGCGGGAACCCGUGUCGAUACAAGCAAGCGUGAGAUUUUCCUUCGAUUUUACUCUGCGAUUCUGCUUUUUAGUCGCUUCCGAUUUCGAGUUCAGGACAUCGACGAUUGCAGUCAGCGAUCGAUCGCCAGAAAUUAUAAUAAUUAUAAGGAAUUAUAAUAUCAGUUAUAUAAUAAUAAUUAUUAUUUAGUUUAAUUUGUCGCCAUCUGGAUGCGAUCCGGAUUAUUUAGUUAAUGACCCAGAACUUGUUUGACAAGGAAAGGAAGAAAGGGCGCGAGACAGGAAGCAGCAUCGCGCGAGGCGGCUGCAGUAGCAAUUGCAUCGCAUUGCACGCCGUUAAACGCGCCUCGCGUCUUCUUCUCCGUUUUUCGCUCCGACAUGUCUCAAUUAUUUCGCUAUUACCAUUACGCCAUUAUCCCCGGCGUAUUACCGGACGAAUUACGGUGGCGGCAUGCGAUUUCAUUGCUUCCCGGCGAGACGACGCGGGAUGAUCGUGAUCAAAGCCGGUCGUGCUGCUCGCGGCGCGUGAUUAAUGCUCGCCGUCGAUUAGCCCUGACUAAUGUUGGACUAAUGUUGGACUAAUGUCAGUCUUAGCGUCCUGACAUUAGCGUGACAACCGUCUCCCUAAAUUAGCGGCGACGACCGACGUUGUUCCUCGCGACGAGGCGCGUCUCCUCUCGCGGAUAAAACGCCGGAUGAAACAUUCGCGCAGAUGUCUGGACCGUUUUUAAUUACGCGCUCGGAUGUCGAGACAAAAGGAAAGUGGGGUGCGCAGGGGGAGGAGGCAACCAACCGAUGGCGGGCGGAGGGCGACUCCACUCCGCGCGCGUGAAGGGCAAGGAACAGGAAAGGGGAAAAAAAAGAAAUGCGUGGCCAUAAAACAUCCGUGCAAUAAAGCUGCCUGCAACAACGGGCGGGCAAGCAGGCAGGCUGCAUAUUUUAAGAAAUUAAUUUGUCGAAGGACAAAUUGCCCCCGUUUUUCGAGACGCGGGAGAGAAGUCGAGCGCGAGAGCAGUUUUAAGGGGUGAAGGGGUGUUCAGUCUUCUCGCCUCUCCUCUCGAUAUCUUCUUUUAUUUCUCUCUCUCGUUUUUUUUUCUUUGUGUUCUCUCCUUCGGUGAUUUUAUCCCGGGAAGGGUGUGCCGCGAGUGGUUGCGAGUCGCGCGAGCGCGGAACAAAGGGAAGAAAUGCGAGCGAUUCCUCGCCCCGAGCGGGGGCGAAAAGUCCGCUGCGGCUAAUUUACGUAGUCAUAAAUCUUCCCGCAUCGCGGUGUAGCUCAGCCUCGUUGAAAUUUCGACUACGGAGAAAUAAUAAGCGGGCGCAAUUUGCGGAGAAUCAGCUAAACGAGGGCAAAGAUGGAGGUCCGGCUUGAAGAGAGUACAAAUCAAGUAUUUAUAAAAUGAGGUGGAAAGAUGGUAAGACAUUUGCCCAAGCGCUUCCUCAAUUCUUGUCGAAGAAAGUCCAAACCGGGACUUGAGCACAGAAAAAAAUUACAAGUACAUUAUAAAAUAAUAUUAAUAUUUUUUAUUUAAUUUGUAUCAUUAUGAAGAAAAAAGAAAAUGUUGCACCACGUUUCCCAUUGAAACUUCCGGGAAGUUUCAUUCUCAUUUGUCUCGAUUCUUUUGAGUAAUGAUCCAAUCGAUUGUUCAAUUCUCAAUAGAAGAAUCGUUCAACAGACUUGGGUAGAAAUUAUUCCUCCUAAUUGCACCAAAUAAUUAAAUAAAAUGAAUCGUAUCCGGUGAAGUCGCGUUGGCGAGUAUCUCGCAACAUCGAGAUCGAUUUAUCGCCGCUCUCGCGGUUCGAAUGACGACCGCCUGAUCACAACGAGAGACGACAGGAAAAGGAGGGAACGUCUCGUCGGCCCCCGCUUUUCUCUCGACGUGCAUAGAUAAUCCCGCAUCCAGUCGGCGAAGAAACGGAGAACAUUAUUUAUGCCUCUCCGCUUUUAUGGGUGCGAGAGACAGCGACUUGUCUCUGUCUUUCUCUCUCAGCUUGUUCCGAGUCUUUAGUCGGUUUUCUUUCGGUUGCUUCUCCUUUCGUCUUUCUAAAUCCGCAGAUGUUUCAAUGAAAAACACGUUUUUGCAGAAUUUUUGAUUUAUUAUUAAGAAUGAGGUAAAAUGAGGUAAAAAUAUCUGUCCAAAAAAUAAUGCCGAAGGAAGUCAUUGGGGCAAAAGGUUAAAAUCUGACAUAGAAGUAUUCGGAGAGAAAUUAUAUAUUUUAUAUCGAACAUCUGUUUCUAACCGACCGAGAAAAAUUUAGAAAUAUCUCGAAAAGCGUCUAACACUAAAACUAGGUCAUAUAAGAUUUCGUAACGAUUAUAACGAUCCAGUAUUUGUCAAACCUCUCAUUUCGUUCAUAUCUCGAAAAAGAAACAAUGUAAUCUUGAAAUGGUGAAUAAUUCGUACACAAUUCACGAGUCUGAGAUAUUCGCACAUGCGGAAUCCAA